AUGUAUUUAUGGAAAUACUGCUUGAUAUUGGUUCAUGUGAUAGUAGCUAUAGCUGCAAGAGCCCAGGGGGAUUUAUACAAAUCAGAUGACAAUAUAUAUGAGUUAUCACCAUCGAAUUUUGACAAGGUUAUUCAGAAGACAAAUUAUACAUCUCUAGUCAAAUUUUACGCUCCUUGGUGUGGAUAUUGUAAACAAUUAGAACCUGCUUAUCAUAAAUUGGCCAAGUUAAUACAUAAUGAUGGUCAGUAUGCUAUAAAUGUUGCUAGUGUUAAUUGCGAUGAAGAUAAAAAUAAGGAACUUUGUGCCAAAUAUAAAAUCAGUGGCUUUCCUACAUUGAUGGUAUUUAGACCACCAAAGUAUGAUUCAAAGAAGAAGAAUAAAGUAUACAGCCAUGCAGUUGAGCCAUACAAAGGGGAAAGAUCGUUGAAAUCAAUGUAUGCAUUCGUAACGUCUAGAAUCAAGAAUUAUGUCAAAAAAUUUGCAAACUUACAAUCAGACGGAUUAAAGGACUGGUUAAUGGAGAAUAAAGAGAACAACAAGGUUUUACUCUUAACAGAAUCAAAACAGAUUAGUCCCUUAUACAAAUCCUUAGCCAUUGAUUUCAUUAAUACAUUGAAAUUCGGAAUGGUUAACAUAAAAUCACUUAAGGAUGUAAAUAAUAUUAAAAUUGAAAUAAAUGAUAAGAAAAUUGCCUUACCCAUCGGUCAAGAUGAUAAGUUACCAAUUUUGCUCAAUUUUGACGAGAAAACUCAGGAAUUUUCCAGGUUCGAAUCUGAAAAGCUUACUGAUAAAGUGAAAUUAAGUGAAUGGCUUAUAGAAUCUAAUAAUGUUCAACCUUUAGAGGGCCCAUUAUCGAAGAAAGACAAAAAGUAUUAUUCCAAUUAUAGAAAAGGUAUUAAGGGCAAGAAAGUAGUUCAUGAUGAAUUAUAA